ACUCUGAGUUGAAGAGUGUCGGCGAGUACGGUCUCCGUAACAAGCGUGAGAUCUGGCGCGUCCAGCUCACUCUGUCCAAGAUCCGUCGUGCUGCCCGUCAGCUCCUCACCAUGGACGAGAAGGACCCCAAGCGUCUCUUCGAAGGAAACGCCCUCAUUCGCCGUCUGGUCCGUGUUGGUGUCCUUGACGAGUCCCGCAUGAAGCUCGAUUACGUCUUGGCCCUGAAGGUCGAGGACUUUNUGGAGCGCCGUCUCCAGACCUGCGUCUACAAGCUCGGUCUCGCCAAGUCCAUCCACCACGCCCGUGUCCUCAUCCGCCAGCGUCACAUCCGCGUCGGCAAGCAGAUCGUCAACGUCCCCUCGUUCGUUGUCCGUCUCGACGCCCAGAAGCACAUCGACUUCGCCCUGACCUCGCCCUUCGGUGGCGGUCGUCCCGGCCGUGUUCGCAGAAAGAAGGCCAAGGCCGCCGAGUCCAAGGAGGCUGGUGGUGACGAGGAGGAGGAGGAGGAG